UAGAAUUUUUUCCAAUAAAAAUGACAAAUGAAAAUAAAAAAACCGAGAACGAUUCUUAUUCUAAUAGCUUAGAAAUUCAGGAAAGCUUUUGUUCUGAAUGCAAAAAUGAAAUGGCUCAAAUAGCUGAAAUAGAUCAAAACCAGGAUGAAGAUACGCCAAACAAUAAAAGCUUUUGUUCUUCAUGUAGAAGCGAAGUUGUUACUGAUGAGACUCAGAAUGGAGGAAUUUUGAUGAAAUUUUUUCAUGAAAAAAUUGUCUGUUCCAAAUGUAAAAAUAAAGCUGCUGCUGACGAACAUCAGAAUCCAGAAGAUAUUGAUAAAAAUUGUUCAGAUUCUGAAAAAUUAAUUAAUGAAUUAUUUGCGGAAGCUCUUAAUGACAAUGAAGAAUUAUUACAAGCUACUCAGUCAUUAUCACAAAUUAGUUUGAGUUAUCCUAUUGAGAAAGAAGAAAAUCAAUCCAAUAAUCCAACUCAUCUAGGAGAAGAUAACCUUUUAUCAAAUGAAAUAAAUGCUAAUGAAUAUAAAAAUAUUGAUGAGGAAAAUGAUGUUUCUCUUUAUAAUGAUCAUGAUGAUGAACUGCACAACAUAGAAGUGGGAGAAAAAAAUUUAGCUUCUCAAAAUUAUGAUGAUAAUGCUACAAGUAAUAUUUUUGAGAACAUAAAUGAUAACUCAAGGAAAAUAUUUUUCUGUGAUCAAGAAGUUCAAACUGAAGUAGAAAGUACAAACAAAGAAAAUGAACCAAUGUGGGAUCCAGAGUUCCCAUCUGGAAUGGAGCUUGAGCAGAUUGAUAAUGCAGUUAGAGAAGCAACAAUUACGCCUGCUUCCAAAUGCAAGAGAAAACUUAAUUUUGAUGAUAUCGGUAGCAAUUUUAAGAUAGCAAAGAAAAGCAAAGAUGUCUCAAAACCAAAUGUUAAUGCAAUGAUAUCUACUAAAUUUAAUCGAGAUAAAUAUUUAGCUGAUUUAGCUAAUGAUUUAUAUGAAUUGAGCACUUAUUUAAAUGAUAUUGGAAAAGCUAUGAAUGUAAAAGAAUCUAACAAUAAAACAUCAAUGAAGAUUCCACCUGCACCAAAAAUUGUUGGGUAUGAUAUUCAAUUUGAUUGUCUUAAUCAGAGUCGAUUUUCAAAGUUACCUAUUACUAUAGAGAACAAUGAUUCAAAUAAAUUUAAUGGUUCGCAUGAAUCCUUGAAUUCCAAACAACGAGUAAAGGCAUUAUCAAAAAAAUCUUCAAACAGUGCGUUAAGUUUGAAAAAUGUGAAAGCUACAAAUAAUAGUAAGGGAGUUGGAGUUCCUAAAAAAAGUUUUUAUCAAACAACAUUAAAAGAAGCAUUCAGUUAUGGUAAAGAAAAUAGAAAUAUUCAAAACUCAAACACAGGGAGUAAAAAAAUAUUACAUAAAAUAAAUCUUUCGCACAAUAUUAAUGAAGAUAACAAAUCAUUAGAUUCUACAUCAAUGUAUGAUUUUAAUCCACUUCGUUCUUCAACGUUCUCUAAAAAGAAAUAAGUAUUUUUUUUCAAUAUUUAAUUUAUAGUUUGAUUAUUUUAUUGAAUAUUGUUGUAUUUCACAAAAAGUGGCAAUUUUGUAAUUAAUUAUUUUAAAUACCCGCCAUUUCUUAUUUUUAUUUUUC